AAAUGAAAUCGAGGCAAUUCAAAAAUGUAGCUGAUCAACUAACUAACUGAUCACAGUCUGAUCACUUUGAAAACGAUUCGGAUAUAAGAAAAUUGUCGAAUUGUUGCCUUUCAGUUUUUGAAGGUUAGAAGUAUGUCAGGAAUAAGGCCAUACAUUUCAAAACGACAAAGAAAUGUUGGCGAAACAAAACCAUCCUCCAUUACUGGGACAAAAAAACUUUGUUUGGAGGAGACUUCAGAAAACAAAGAUGAAACAGUUGUAACAACAGUUAAAGGAAUUCAUUUUGAUAAAGACACUAGCUCAACUUCUCUACCAACAAAAAGUAGAAAGUCGCAGAAUUGUUUGCCAAAAAGGUGUGUCCAAAAAUUGAAAUGCCAUGAAAAUGCUGUUAAUCAUGUAAGGUGGAACAAUAGCCUGUCAAAUAGUUUUUUGGUAACAGCUAGUAUGGAUGGUUCUAUACUGAUAUUGAAUUGCAACAGAAAUGGAUGUUCAAUACAGAAAUCUCUGAAUAGCCAUAGGGGUGCAGUCAAAGAUGUGCAAUGGAAAUCAGAUGAUCAAGCCAUCCUAAGUGGGGGUUAUGACAAGCAUGCAAGGAUCACAGAUAUUGAGACUGGAAAAGAAAUUUUUCACUUCAAGCACAAAGACUUUGUCACUUCAGUCCUUUUUCAUCCUGAACUUCAAGAUGUAUUUUUAUCUGGAACCUUUGCCAAUGGUAUUUAUGCAAUAGAUUCAAAGUCAGGCAAGGAAAUACACCACUACCGCUCAUUUUUUGGUCAGGUCCAAGAUCUUUUGUUUCAUCCAAAUGGAGAAAUAUUUUUCUCUGCAGCUGAAAUUCUUAAGAGGAAUUCAAUGGAUAAAGCAAUAGUGGCUUGGGAUUUCAAAACCACUGCUAUCAUGUCAAACCAGAUUUCUCAAGAAGUUUUUGGCUGUUCCUGUUUAAAGAAUCACCCAGUUGAUCCAGUUCUUCUUGCACAGUAUGGAACUGGCUAUAUUUCUAUAUUUUCCAAUGUUUCACCAUACAAAUUAAACAAAUAUAAAAGAUUUGAGGGACAUCAGACUGGUGGAUUCAAUAUAGGGUUCUCGAUCAACCAAGAUGGUGGAUAUGUUGCAAGCGGUGACAGAGAAGGACAAAUUCAUAUUUACAAUUAUGCCACAUCACGCCCCCUCGCGGUGCUGCCGGCCUACUCAACUGCAUGCAUGGAUGUUGCCUUCCAUCCAUCAUUGAUAAAUGUUUUAGCUUCCUGUUCUUGGGAUGGUGAAGUAUCGCUUUGGGAAUGAUUCGCACACAUCGCACAGUAUUCAACAGAGCAAGGUGUCUGGAUUUUUUACUAUCUUUGCAUUUUCCCUUGUACUGACAAUAGCUAACAGUGAGGACCUGAUAAUUUGAAGGUUAUAUGUAAUCUUAUAUGAAAAUUGACAUUGAACUUUCAGAAUAUGUUCAAAUAAUUGGAAAUAUUGACCUAGGGUUAUAGGUCUCGUCCUUUCCUAAUAAUUUCAACCACUGUAUGACAUUUUUAUGAUUCAGAUAAUUUUAUGUGCAAGAUAUUCGUUUUGGUUGAAAAACAUGACCGGUGCUUGGAAACCGUUGAGCAUUGUCUGAGUGAUGUUGUUAAAGCUGUAGCUAGUUUUAGAAGUUAGCGAUUUAUUACCAAGAGUAAACAAGAUUUUUCGUUCAUGUUUAUAUGCUAUCGAAGAACAUACACAUAAAAAAAUUUAUGAAAAGGUAUAAAACAACUGCCAAUGCUACCUAUUCUUAUUAUGCGAUUUUUCAAAAUCUAAAAUGGAUGAAUCAAUCUAUCUGAAAGGCGGGAGAAAACGUAGUUAAAUAUUUACAAAAAUUAAAGGCGAAAUUAUCAUAGGACGACAUUUUAACUGUGUGCAUAUGAUACAUAUCUUGUUUUCAUUCGCGAAAAUUAUUGAUUGGUUUACAGGGUUUUUUAAUCUACAUUUCAGAUAAUAUUUACAUGCAAAAAUUUCACGGUAUUUAUCAGUACUAUUGUCAAGUAAAACUACAAAUUCAUCUAGUGCAAAGCAUCGCCUGUCAAAUCACUGUUGAAGUUGCAAAGUUGUCAAGUGGUGUUGAUUCCUUUAAACGUAUUAAAUUGACAGGUCAUGUAUCAAUGUUGAGAGAUUUAAACAUAUUGUGUGGCAUUUUAAAUCAAAAUUCUUAUAAAACUGAUAAUAUAUAUAUAUUAAAUAUUGAUUCUUUUACAGAAAGAAGGAGACCGCCUGGAGGAAAAUCGUCUACCAAGGUGAGAAUCAAAUAUAUAAAACCUUAGUUGCUGUCAAAAUGUUAUUGUCGCAUAU